AUGAGAGUGCUUCUAGGCGAUCCGACGUACUCCAGUCGAGGCAACGAAUUCCUGGCGAGCUCUGCCGACUGGAAUGCCACCAGUGCCGAAGCGGGAGAGAGCUUCAAAUGCUUCACCUUUGGGCGAGGGGGGCUCGGCUACCAUUGCUUCGACUACGACUUCGACUUAUCUUAUCAGAGAGGGGAAAUAGAUGGCAUUUAUAUUUGGGGCUACAUCUCUGAGCCGCAAGAAGAUCUUGGCGGUGUUAGCAACUCCCAAGCGCCUCGCGAACUGAUCGGGAAGUGCACUUGGCCCGGAAUCCAGUCAAACCUGAUACCACAUGGAUACUGUAACGAGAACUUUAUUGAUUACAAGUGCUGUAAAGAAGCUUACGAGCUGGUUACGUUAAAUAACGCUCCUAUGCAUUACACGAACACAGGACAGUCCCCGACGAAGUGUAACGAGGAAUAUCUCCACUAUUCUCAAUGCGUACCGGAGAACAUAUUGUGGGCUCUGACAGCAGAUAAAUAG